AAUUAUAAAAGACUGCUGAUAAACGCUACUGUCAUUUGUAACACUUUUCAGCAAUCAUGUAUACGACAAUUAGUUUCUGUCUUAUUGCUCUGGCAUUUACAGUUCAUGGUUAUCCGACGCAAAUCAUCGGCGGCAAUGAUGCUCCUAUCGGCAAAUAUCCACAUCACGUUGCUUUAAUAUAUCGGGGCAAUUUUCGUUGCGGAGGAUCGAUUAUUAACAAACGUUACAUCCUCACUGCAGCUCAUUGUGUAAAUGUGGUCGACGAUGCCAGAGACCUCGAGGUUCACGCGGGUACGAUCUAUUUAAACCAGAAGGGUGAUGUUUAUCAAGCAGAGAGCGUGGUGUGGCACCCUGGUUUCGACAUGAUCAGACUUAAUUACGAUGUCGGUCUCAUUCGGCUAACCAAGGACAUUGUGUAUACUGACGUAGUAAAACCCAUUCCUAUUGCAGAGGAAGAUAUCGCUGUGACAGAUCUUCCUUGCGUUGUAUCUGGUUGGGGCGUAACUAGACUUGAUGGACCUACACCCAACACCUUACAAGAAAUCGCUUUAAAGGUUUACUCCCCCGAGAAAUGCAAACUCCAAGAGUGGAGAGUAACCGAUAAUCACAUUUGUACUCUCACAAAAGCCGGCGAGGGAGUAUGCUAUGGUGAUUCAGGUAGCGCUCUCCUUGCCAACGGUGUUCAGAUUGGAAUUGCAUCUUUCGUGAAUCCAUGUGCUCUAGGAGAUCCCGACAAGUUUGCUAAGGUGUCCGCUUUUAAAGACUGGAUUAAGGAACACAUGGUUGAUUAAUUAACAAUUGAAUAAAAUUUAAUGUUUUUCUGUACAAUGAGGUGUAUUAAUGAGAUCCUUUUUCGGUGUAGCUGGUGCAAAAGUCACAGCCAUUUUAGUCAAUCAGACAAACUAAGCCAAUGGUAACACAUGAUUGGUUAAAUUGCUGGAGUUCCUCCACCGAAAACGGACCUCAUUAUUGAACCUCAUUGUAUAUAGUUAUGUAUACUAUUAUAUGUAUAAAUUUAAAAUAAAAAAAUUUACACUUUGAA